AUGUCGACCGUUAAUCCCAUCCCCAACGAGACCAUCCUCAACGCGACCAUCCACAAUGCCACCAUCCUAGGGGACAUCGGUGGCAAGGACAACAACACGGUUGAGUGGGUGGCCCUCGUCUUCUCGAUCAUUGCCCUUAUCGCAACUUUAUUCCAGCUCUUCCGCGAGUACAGCGCGUCGGCCGUUGGCUGGACGUGCUGUAGCCAGCGCGUUAUAGGCCGAUGGAGCGAGUUCAGAAACUGGAAGAUGCGAUGGCUGCAAUUUCGGAUCGAGGUCAGGUUCGAGACGCCUGUGCUUUUUGUCUGUCCUCCCACGAACAAACGAGGUCCGAUCAAGGAUCAAGAACCUGUAAUCGUCACCGGUGAAAAGCGGAGCCUGGACGAAACGAGAUCGGAGCUUCCUAGGAGUGAGGAACAGGAAGCAGCGGCUCAGAAGCUCUCCUUGAAGGAUAGAGGCAUUCAUACAGCCGACAAUGAGCGCGCGUCGUGGCUUGAAUUGCUCUCACAUCUACACUUGAUGGAGAAGGAGAGCAAAGAGUGGCAGGCGCAACAAAAGGAAUAUGCGGAAAAGCGGUUGGCCAGGCUGGGACCACCGGCCGAUAAUCCAGAUAGCCUGGGUUCUCCGGAGGAUAAUCCGGAUCAUCCAAUGUCUCUACUCCGCCGAAACAUUGAAUCGGUCGAUUUCAAGAAGCAUCACACCCUGGCGGUUGCCGUUCAGCGUAAGAAACGCAGUUGGGACGACAUGCCGAGCAGCGUGAAGAAACCAUACGCAACCACCACCAUUUGUCAUAUCCUGGAGAUCGCAGCGAUGAUGGGCAUCCACUGGAAAGAGUUCGAUCGAUGCCAUGAUCGCUAUCGUGCCGAGGGUAACGGGUUUAUGCUGACGGGCACCCAUAUCCCUGACCUGGGGUUGAUGUUUACUCUGCACAUCUCCGGCCAGAGCAAGUUCCGCGAGAACAGGGUUAUUCCAGUGGACGAGGUUAAAGAGCUCUGCUGCGGCUUUGUGUCGACCAUCUUCCAGACGAACAAGGACUUCCGCCGAGUCACCUCGCCCGCCGAGGACCCCAAGGAUCUUGGUUUGCUAAAGCUGGGCAGUAUGAACGAGAUUGCCGAAACAAUGGUACUCCUCGACUGCACGACCGAUACGGCCAAGAUCUUUCUCAACAAAGACGCCAACCACAUGCAUCUCUUUGCCGUCCCCUUUGAGCUCGUCGGGAUGCUGGGCAAGACACUAUACAUCCGGAACAGCGGCUUCCGUAUGCUUCCUAACCCGACUCCGUACCACUGGGACCGAAAUUUCUUCGACCUUCGGCAGGUCAUCAAGGAGUUCUCGAGGCGCCUCGAAGACCCCGAAAGGCCUGACUUCCGUGGCUUAUCCGACGAGGGUGAGCAGUAUGAGAACGAGAAAGCAAACAAGUCGCUCAGCGCGCAGCAGCUCGAAAAAUUGCUCCAGUGGUCCAAGCAGCUCUCCGGGCUGUUUAAGAAAGAGAGAGAGCUGAACAAAAAGCUUCAAGAGGCCAAGGCUAAGCUGAAGGGUGAGAGGAUAAUGAACCAGAACGGUAACCAGAACAACGGGGAACAACAAUCUGAACAACAAUCUGAGCAACGAGCCUUUGCUGGCAGGCUUGGACGUGCAACUGGACAUGUUCGCGGGUUCGCAAACUCGGUUUUGAGGAACCGGUUCGCCAGGAACCAUCACCAAGGCGAGGGCGUGGAAAUGCAGCCUCAAAAUUGCCCUCAUGAUGCACCCUUACCAGAAGAGAUAGAGGCAUCCGGCCACUCUUUCCUUCUUUACAAUGCUCUGUACGAUGUGCUCAAGGAAUGUGACAACUUCAUUCUCAGCAGCGACCGUGAUCUCGUACGCCUGAUCAUCCGCGAGCACUUCCAGCAGAUCUUGAAAAUGAUCAACGAGCGUGGUGCCAGCCCAGACGCCAUCAGCAGCACUGCUGGCACUGGUACUGCCCCCUCGAGCCACGAACCGCCCACCCGGGGAAUCAGCCGCCAUCGGACAACCGACAGCAGCGGGCCAUCCGACCACGGGACAGACGGCUACGUCCGAGCCGAGCGCUUCGACCAGCUCACAACCGAGCCUCCGGAACGGCGCGCCAAGAUUUUCAUGGACGUCUACUUCUACAAGGUGCUGUCCGUCGUCUGCGAGCGCGCCGUGUAUUCGUUCGAGUCGUACCGCCGCCGCUUGUCGACGAUCUCUCCACGCUCGAACAUGCCGAGGACCGUUCCUCUGAGCAGAGACAUAUCGUCCAUGUCGGGCGGUACGCUCACGUCAGAACCGCCGGCGCCAGCUGCAACAGUCGGACGGCCAGAUAUCGGCUCGCUGGAAGCACAGGCCACGGCGAUCUGGUGCACGCUCGUGCUGCGCAUGUUGUGCUGGUUGCAGCUGCAUGAUUUUGACAAGAGGGAUGUGCAGAUAUCGAAGAGCGAGCUGUUGGGGAGCAGGCUGCCGGUGUAUAUUGCUUAA